AUGGGAAAUUGCAAAUCGUAUUCCGCGAACUUCAACGUUUAUAAAAGCAACACAAACGAACUGUAUGAAAAUUUAAUAUGCCACUUUGUGAAGCAGGAUAAGCUUAGCUUCUGCCAGAAGGCCUUCGUCAUAUACGAAUUCCUGAAGAGGAAGCCCGAAAGCAAAGAUGAGUGCGUGUACUAUAUCGCGCAGUGCGCCCACAGGAAGAAGGUGAAGAAUGCAUUGGUAUACCUAAGCGAAGAGCACAACAUAGAGAUCCUGAAUUUUCUAUUGAAGCUAUUCAAAAAAAUGAACAAUGAAUAUUAUAACAAUAGGAGUAAUUUUUACUUCAGUAGUUAUUACAAUUACUUCCUUCGAGACGAAUCCAAAUUUGCAAAUUUUUACGAACAAAUGAGUAUCAUACAGAGGAUAUAUAAUUUUGUGCGUCUAAAAUAUAUCCUUGAAAAUAUCUGUCUGCAUGUGUACUUUGAAGAUUUGGAUAACUCCAGUGAGUUUUACCAAGUGAAUGAGAAUAUUGUGAAAAAGAAUUUCCACGCCAGUGAAUUGGUGAAGGAGAAGUCAAUUGAGUUAUUUCACCUGAACAAGAAGCUACUCGGGAACUUAUCCACAGAAAGGAAGAAAAUGAUUUACAUGGUAAAGAGAAGUUUUAUAAACGUGGAAGAUUUCUGUAGAAACGAUUUAAGCUGCAACGCUUUUGAUGAUUUCAAAAUGGCCAAUGUUAUGUGUCUCUACAUUUUGAAUAACAAUUAUAAAAUUAAGUCAAUUCUGUACAACAUAUUUACCAUUUUGUUCUUCAUAAAUAAGUACGUUUCUCUGUACGGGCCAGAAAGGGGGGACGAUGGGGCAAAUAAAAAUCGCGAAAAUGAACAUGCGGGAGGAAAAAAACGCCUUGAUGAGAAGGAAAAAUACUCCUUUGCGCACAGAAACGUGUAUGCGACGUACUUGUUCGUCUGCUUAUGCCUCAGCUUUGAUAACAAAGUAGAGGAAGAUGCCAUCUUCAACGCGAACGUUAAUAUAAAUCAGAGGGAAGUAACCUUCGUGAAGUAUGUCAACGAGUUUCUAGACAUUUGCACGUACUCACAUAAGAAAAUAAAUAAGUUCUUUUCGCAAGAGAGUAAAGAAAAGAGAAGCUACCACUGCUCUGUUAGAGCUAUCAAAAAUGCGUACAUGAAUGAUAACCUUGUAAAUUCUCACUACAUAUGCCAGAGGAGGUACAUCAAAAGUGUCCUAAAUGUUGGGAAUAGUAACUACUUUAUAAAAAACAAUAUGAUGGUUUUUUGUUUCAUUUUGUUUGAAAGUUCGCGCGCGGCGCUCUCCCGCACGAGCAGCAAGAAGAGCAACCUGGAUCCCCAGGGCAACAAGUCGUUCUUCGAAAUGAAUAGCAGCUUGUUCCGGAGGGGGAGCCACGUGUAUGAGGAGAAGGUGACGCUGCGCAGGAAGCUCUGGCGGAAGGUGGUGAGGAGCAUAAAGUUCAGGCACGGCGGUAAGGGCGGCCACUACUACAGCGCGGGCGGCAGUGCGCGUGGCGAGCAGAACGGCAACGAUAACGAUAACGAUAACGAUAAUGAGCAGGAGAACGAGCAGGACAAUGAGCCCACUAGCGAGCACUAUAAGGAUCGCCAGAACGACGACAAGUCCGAGGCCAGAAGGACCCUCUCGCUCAACUCCGACUUGAAGAGAACCGACCACGUCGAGUUCGACCUGAACAACGUAGCCCUCUUUAGAGUCGAUCUGUACAGCCUCAAUUUGGAGGGCAAUGACAAAUCGGAGGAGAAGUUGCAUAAUUACGUAAAGCUGUACUCCAUCGAAAGGAGCAAUAACAACCACCGCUAUGUGAGUAAGAAAAUGGAAAGUCACGCGGACCACGAGUUGGUACAGACGAUGAAGGAGAACAUCGUGCACAUAAUUAGCGUUUUAAAAACCAUGAGGAAUAAAGAAAUAUGCUAUAUCUCUCCCGCCAGCUAUUACGACGAAUCGUAUGGUAAAAUGAAGAAGGAGAAGAAAACGUUCCCAAAUGGAAGUGACACACGAGUGGAAAGCAAUGACAAUUCUAAUCGGUCCAAAAGUACAGAUAAAACUUUUAAAAAGGAAAGGGGGGAAGAAACCAAUUUGAUGAGCAAAAAUUAUGUCCAUUUUGAAUCCCAAAAUUAUAUGAAUGAAGAAAAUAGCACUAAACAUUUGAAUGAGUCCGAGGAGGGGAAAAAGGGGCCCUUCGGUUUUACAACACAAAAUGAGUUGAAGAAACCGUUUUUCAUUGGCGUACAGGAUACCUUCGUUCCGUUCGAAAUGGACAAACUGAUUAUGAAGGGGACCAAUUUGAAUUGCGCGCGGGAGGAAGUGAUCAAAAGGGAGAAGAAGCUGUACGACCAGGUGGCUAGCCACGCAAGGGCCAUCACCAAGGGGUAUGAGCACAGCGGAAAGGGAGGCGGCGAGUCGAGUGGAGAAUUUUGCCAGAAAAAGGAGGAGGUACUACGUGAAGAUGGCAACUCAAAAGGGGGAAAACGCUCCCCUUGCGGAAAGGUGCAAAGCGGUAUGAUGAAAAAGAGAGAGGGGGAAAUUUUCCGCAUGCAGAAUGGGCAGUCCCAAAAGAGUACGAACUGUCCACAGUUUGGCAGCACGUGUGAGGAGGCAAAUUUGUUAACUUCGGAGGAGCUCACAAAUGGGAAAGGAGUGGAACGAACGUUUAAAGGGUACAGCUCUGCAGAUAAUGCCAAACAUGUUAAAGUGGCGUCCAACCGGUUGAGCCGCACCAUGAGGAGGGGCGACAGCGUAGAGGCAAGCAGGAAGAGCCCCCAAUGGGAUUUUUCGCCCCUCCACGAGGCCACGCGAAUGGACAUCGUUGCGAGGGAUGCGAACGGGGCGAACGAGGCGAAGUGCAACAACCGUGUAGACAAACAAAGGGGGGAGAAAAUUAAUAGGAAAAAAGAGCAGGUACAGAAGGAUGAAGCGGAAGAUGAGGAGGAGGACGACGAAGGACUUCAUUUGAGAAACCCCCCAAUUGACGUGCCAAACUAUGAGGAAGAAAUAUACCAAAGUGACACCCCUGACUGUUUUAAAAUAUUUGUGCAGCACAAACCGGUGGGGGAAAUGAGCCCCUUUGUCAAUCACCAAUAUGUAAACGUCCAUUUUGAUAUGUUUAAAAUACACGGGGGGGGAAAGAAGCUGCUCCUGAGUACGUAUGUGAGCACGGAAAAGGCGGUCCCCUACAAAAUUACGCUGAACAGGAAUGAGCGAUUUGAAUAUAUGAUGGAUUUGCUAUUUCUGCACUUAAAUUAUAAUAGACUUUACUUUGUAUACAUUCCCAAGAAAUAUAUAUGCGGCAACGGCUGCAGUGGAUCCAAGGGGGAAAAUAACCCGUUUCUAAAUUUCAUGUGCUGCAGUUGUGAUAUAGUGCUCGAAAAUUUACGUAUAACCCCUGGCGAAAGUUUGAGAAGUUCCCCUGUGGAUGCGCACAUGCCGGCGUACUUCGAAAGGACCCAUUUUGUGGAGCUCAUUUUGCUUCUCCUGGUUGACAUGGUAAAGACGUACAGCAAGAUAAAGAAGCUGCAGUGCCAUUUUGACAGCAAGUGUAAAGAAUUUAUAAAAAGUUUCUACCACUACUUUGUCGCAAAGGUAAAGAAAAGAAACAGCAUUUUUUGUAAAGAAAAAAAAACAAACAUUUUGGCAAUUACGAGCGAUUUGCUCAAAAAGACGAACGCAAAGAACUCAGAUCAGGAGAGUGUGCUGAGCAACGAUUUAAACCUUUCCUCUAUAAGGCGUCGCUCAGUUUUUAAUGAGAGAUACGCAACGGGGAAAGAGGGCAGUAAUGUGGAGGCCAAGUCUCAGAUGAUGAAUGUGUCUUCCACGCUCCAUUCGGAGCCCUGCACGAGUAACGCGAAUGCGGGGAAGAACGCCAUCAACGGAAAGGCUGACAAUGCAAGUGCCAGUGGGGGUAACAACUGUGGCAGCACCAUUUCUGAGGAGAGGGCAAGUGCACUGAACAGUUUGCACCUGCACAGAGUGAACGUAGAAAAAACGCUCGACGUAGGAUACAAAUAUAAAAAUAUAUACAUAAAAGUAAUAGACAUCAAGCUGUACGAGUACAUCUCGGAUUAUGUGAACUACAUAAGGGAAAACAACAGCUACUAUUACCUCAGCCCGUAUUUAUUUGUGUACAGAUUUAGGGGCCUCUGCUUCCUGUGCAUCCCCGUGUGCAACAACUUCUAUUUGAUUUUCCACCUGUUCUUUUUCCACUUGCUCAAUUGCUCCCAUUUUUUUAACUACAAAAUAAGCUUCAGCAGGGGUGCGAAUGAGGAGAAGGCCUCCAAAGGGAACUACAUCCAGCACAGUAGCAACAACUUCUUGUACAUUAAUAACAUUAUAAGGAUAUUAAACGUUCAUAAGAAUAACAAAGCGUAUAUGAAAUACUGCUCCCUGGUGAAGGAGCCACAGAAUAGUAGUACCAUUUGCCACUACUACAAAUGGAAGAAGAACAAAAUUAUUGUUGACAUUAGGAACUCUUUUUCGUCUCCGUAUUUUAUUCGCACGAAAAGUUUCAUCAGUUUUAUUGAAAGCACAAAUUUGCACAUCAAUUUGAAGAAGCUGUACCUGAACAAGGAUUACACGUUUUCUCUCAAACUGGACAAGAAGAAUAAACCCCCGAACGAAUGCUAUUCGAAUGCGAAUGAUAUCAUUUUUAUGUUUAACCAUUAUUUUAAUAUUUACACGUAUUUUUAUGAUGAGAAGAAGAAUAGCCCAAGUAAGGAGCUGUUUCACCACAGUAGGUAUAUUAUCAUUCCCUAUUUCAAAGAUGUGUACAUACGGCGCGAUAAUUUGCAUAUUUAUUUGAAGAUGCUGGAAGAUGAGCACACGACGGACACGUUCAGUGACAAAAUGUGCUUGGAUGAAGAGGAGAGGAGCAGCAGCGAAGUGUACGAUAAGGUGCAGGGCGACGAGAAAGACUUAAGCAAAGGAGAAGAGGAAAGGAAGGCAUAUAAAUACUCCUUCAUAUACAAUUUGUAUGAAAACUAUGGAGAUAUCUUCAUAAACUAUUUUUACCUCCUGUUGAAUAAACUCAUACUAGAAAUAGCGAACGAAAUAAAAGUAAAUAACUUUUUAAGCAUCCGAAACUUUCUACAAUUAUUAAACAAAUAUGAAGUAAAUUUUGACACCUUUUUCUGGGUACUCUAUGACAAUUAUGUAAAUAUUUACAAGAAAUAUUGUGCUCAUGCGGAAUUGGUGAAAUUUUUUAAUAACAAUAAUCGAAGUGAGACAUACGAUUUUGAUUAUUUAAAAAAAAUUAAAUACAAUUGUUGCAAUAAGAAGAAGUUUUACGUUAGAAGAAUUUUGCUAUUUUCAGUAUGUGUCUUGUUGGCCUUUAUUUGUAAACGCAUAUUAGAAUUCUUUGUGAUAAAUUUGAACUGCCCCUAUGAAAGUGUAUUCAGUGGCAUUUGCCUCUUCUUCUUUUCCAGCAGCAAGAAGAGGGAGCCAAAUGAUAAUUUACAUUUGAAUCUGCUCAAGUCGAUUUAUUUUAACUUAUUCUUGUCACUCAGCUUUGUCCUACAGUACAUUCCGCUAAACGUUCAGUAUUUAAAUUUGUUUAAAAUUAUAAGGAAGGUUAGAAAGUAUAAAAUAAUUCUGGCCUUUUGUUUAAACUAUAUAUGCGGAGUAAAUUUGCCCUUUUACAUCCUCUACGAGCUGCAGCAUAUGCCCCAGAGUUUGCUAAACGAGUUUUUUUCUCUCAACAGGGAAGACGCGUCGAAUUGUGCCUGCGGUCACGUUGAAUUGGGCAGCGCAAAAAGUGCAAACGAAUGUAAAGAUAAAAUCUGUUACGCGAAAAGGGAACACCUCGAGUGGGUGGAUGAACAUGGCGAUUGCAGCAUUCCCAACGAUGCGUUACCCUUGAGCAAAAACAAGAAGAUGAAUAAGAAAAUUUUAAAGCGCUAUCGUUACAAGGCUGAAAAGAAAAAAAACCGGAAUUUUUUGCAGCUCAUGAUUAAGAUGCACUUUAAUGCCGGUCCACGCACAUUUACAUUUCAUGAUUUCACCCAGGCGUCGGACAACAUCCUCACGUACUUCUCCAAUAGGAACAUGCACCAUUUGAAGCAAGGCAGGAGUGCCCAUGGCGAUUUGUUCGCCCUGAUCUAUUCUCACUUUGUUAACUUUCUCUUCUCCUUCUAUCAAAGGGGAAACUUCAGGUUAAGCGAACUUCAAAGUGGACCAAGUGGAAAUUAUUCGAAUGGCGAAAUGGGGGACACAGAAAUGGUGCCAACGAGUGAACUGUUAAAUGAUGUCACUAAAAAGGUGUCAGCCUUUUGUGAAAAUUCAAGCGAGUAUAUAAAAGAUGCAACCGUGGCGCUACCCCGUUGUAGCAUGUUCAGCCUGCGUGCCGAUUUCCCAUAUUUUGGGGUGCAUCAACUAAUGGAGGAAAACAUUUUCCACGUUCUUCUGAACAUAACCGAAACGCAUUAUUCUCACCUGCUAAUCAUUCUGCCGAUAUUUACGAAAGAGAACUUUAACCUGCUCACGCACGAUCUGAAAGUGUACCUAAUAAAUAUAUUUUUUUACAUAUUCAUUAGAACGGACAAGUAUAAAAUUUGCGACAUGAGUAAUAAAAAAAGACAGUUCGCCAAAGCGGGUAAGAGUGGUCCUAUGAAACAGAAGCAAAAUAACACCUUCCGGGUCAGCCGCACGAACGAUAUGUCAGGCGAAACAACCGCAAAGGAUUUCUUCCUCAACAACGCACUGGACUAUUCGACGAGGAACUACCUCGAAAUAAUAAGAACAGAAGGGAGGUACGCCCCAAGUGAUAACCCUAAUAUAGAUGAGUACGAAUAUGGAUGCAGACACGAAGCCGAAACGGGGAAUGAAGAAACAGAGUACGAAACUGAAAAUAAAAGGGAGACAGAAAAUGAAGCAGAAACGCAAACCGAAACGGAUACCGACCUGGAGGGGGUGAACAAAAAUGCAAAGGAACAUGCAGUCUUUCAAAGGGAAGGAGGUUCGGUUGGCAAUAUGAAGGAAAGGGUCAAAAUGAUUCUGCUAGAUAAUGACUACAAUGUGUACUUGAUACAAUUUUUCUUUAAAAUUGUUUUGAGGAUAAUUCCAUUUUUUAAGCAGAAGAGGAAGAAUAAACACCCAAGCUCCGCAAAAUCGACAAUUAUUUACAACGUUAAGAUAAUACUAAAUUUGUUUAGAUCCUUUCAGAACGUCAUUUUAUCCAUGAAAAACAAUUUUUAUGUAUUUAUUUACUACUUUUUCAUAAAGGGUUAUAUAUCACUGAUUUUGCUGAACACGCAUAGAGCGCUGAAAUGUUUUAAGAAAGUUUUUGUCCUCGUAGUGUUCUUUUUUGGAAACCCCAUAAACUCCCUAAACAGCCACCCAUUUUUAGUAUACGUUACGUACAUUUUGUAUGUGCUAACAGUUUUGUCCAAGCUGAACGCGGUAAAUUUUCACGAACAGUCAACGCAAGAGGGAAACAAAAUUGUUGCAGAUGACACGCAUGAGAAGAGGCACCCGGGUCAGAGUGAUGGCAUAAACAAUGGGGAGCAGUCAGGUAGUCACCAGAGAGAGAAAAAAGAACCAGCGGAGCAGAACGAAGAAAGGGGGGAAAAAAGCAUCUCAUUGGGGGAAGACAGUGCUCCGCCCAGCAACCCAUGGCUGAAGCAAAAAUACGAAGUAUGGAUGUACCUGGAAAUCAUUCGCACCAUUAAGAGAAAUUACGUAAAAUUUAACAACAACAUAUAUUUAGUCCCUUUGAAUUAUUUAUUCAUUAACAUGAAAAAACUUUUUAAGAAAUAUUCGGACGAAGAGAAGAGGACUCACAAAAUUCACAAAACAGAUGAUAAGGAUGAAGUGGACAAGAAUUUAAAAAGAAAAAAGACAAGUGUACCGAAGAAAGAAAAACUGGAGGAUAACUCCCUAUUAAAAGAAAUCAACCUAAAUGAGAAAAUGGAAGAUAAGAGCUUGCUUAUAAACAUUAACAACAGCUUUGUGUCAUUAUACCCGACAGUUAAGAAUGUGAGGGUUCCGAAGGUCUACCUGAAGGGAGACAUUGAUAAGUCAUUCCCAUCGAGCGCAGAUUUUGCGAAAAGGACAAAUGUGUCUGAGCAGAAGGCGGGCUCUGAAGGGAAAAACAGGAAAAAAAAAGAAAUACACGAUGUUGCCGAGCCGAAGGAUGUGAAACGUGACCACAAGGGUGAGCAAAGAGAGGAAGCAAAAUCGCCGUCAAACGUGACACCACCCGUGGAAGAACCGCCAAAUGCAAGGCAAAAGAAGGAAAAGAAAAGUACACCCAUGAACGCGAGUGAUUUGCCAAGAGAUGGCCCCCCCCCGGAGAAGGAAGAAACCGUGAAGGACAAAUGCGCGAAAUUGAUUUACGCCCGCGUUGACAAAAAGGACACCAGCAAUCUGUUACUGUACAAUCUAAUCUAUAUCAACAAAAUGAACAGAAAGUUGAACAAGUGCAAAUUUGUUUCCUUUAAUUUUAAGUACGAGCAUUAUAAAAAAAUAAUAUCAGAUUAUAGCAAGUAUUACAAAAUAGUGUUAGAAACUUUUAAGAGGAAAUUGUGCGAAUGUUACUAUGCGUAUACCUUUGGAAAUAACGAAAAUGGAAGCCUUGCUAUUGGAACCCCAUCCUACCUAAAGUUGUCCCCAACUAUUGGUUCGAUGGGAUACGAUAAAAACAAGAAAAGCGUAAAAAGGGGCACAGAUUUUUGGUUUACCAACAAUUUGCAGCUAAUACCAAUUAAGGUAAAAAAAAUGUGCAUGAAUGAGGGUAUGAUUUCGAUAAUUGACAAGAAGCAUAACUUAUACAUUGGUGGCAAUAACACUUUUUUUGAAACUAGGAAUGAAUUAAAUUUUAAAGAGAAGAGUACGAAAUUAAAAAAUAACGAAAAAAGGAAACUAAAAAAUAAUCCAAUAGGCAGUAAUGAAAAAAUAGAAAUUGACAAAUUCUUUACAAAUUUAAGAUUAAAAAAGAUGAAAAAACAAGAAAAGAAUUUUCUCGACUAUAACAGUUCCUCAGGCGACAGUGACAUUUUACUGUUUGGAAAUUCAUCGGGACAUAAUGAAAUUACAAACUUCCUAAAGCCCAUGUUUCAUUGUGAGAAAUUAAUUGAUUGUUACAACAGUGUAGAUCAUAAAAAUAAGAGUCUGUGCAACUGUACUAUGUGUUGCGCGCCGUUAAACGUUAUAUCAGAUAACUUCAGCUCUUGCGAAAGUGACGUGUGCUCUUCGUUUGAUAGUGAAGAUAGCGACGUCACCUACAUUAAAGUUAACGAUGUUGAUGAAAUAAACAAAAAUAUGAAUAUAAACAUGCUCCUUAACAGUGAUACAGAUAAGUCCUUUUAUGUGAAAAAAAGAAAUUAUUAUUUAAAAAAAGUGUCCAUAGAUAAUUUUAACAUUUAUAACUCUAUACUGUACUCGUCGUCUUAUGCAAAUCAGUAUUUAGCGUAUGUUCUGCCCGACCAGAAAAGUUCCACGAAAUUAGUGAAAAGAUUUUUUAGACAAAUUUCUAAUGAAUACUAUGGCGAAAGGGCUACCAAUAGCUUAAAAUAUGAUCCCAACGAAACUGUAGAGAGAGAAAAAAGGAAUUAUGAUGAUUACAAAUAUUCAAAAAAGUACAUAAAAGGACAGAAAAAAAAAAACGCUAGAGGAAACUGUAAAAAAAAUGCAGCGUCAACCAAGGGGAAAAGUGAAACCAUAUUGCUAGAUAGCAAUCUUAAUAACAACAAAUUCAUUUAUAAUUUUAUUCAUGAUAUAAAAAGUAGAGUAAAAUUUACUGAUAUUUACAAUGGUGCAGAUUUUGUCAUUUCUAUAAACAAUUUUGGUCAUGUGUAUUCAUGGGGAAACAAUAAAUAUGGAUGUUUAGGGACUGGUGAUAAGAUCAAUAGAUACGCGCCUACGUUAAUUAACCCUGGGCAUUUUUUUUUGUAUGAUUUUGAAAAGCUACAGAUACACACGAAUUAUAAGACAGAAAUAAAAAUAAAGGGGUCAGAAAAGAUAAAUAGCAGGUGCUGUGAAAAUAUUUUGUACAAUUCGUUAAUCCUAGAAACAAUAAAAAAGAAUAUUUACAAUAAAAAUAAAAGUGCGCAAAGUGCUUUAAAGGAGAGCUCUGUAAAAUGUAAUGACAGUGAUGGAAAGUUAGGCAAUUCAAGCAAUUUACUAAAUGGAAAUAAAUACAAAGAUGAAGACUUUUUCACCCUAAAAACAAACAACAUUUACACUUCAGAAAAUAUGUUUAAUUUUGAAAAUUUAGAAGUUAAAAAUGUAGUGAUAAGCGUACACAAAAUAUACGUCCCCAUUAGUUCUAUAUUUUGUGGAAAUAACCAUGUCUGCGCAUAUUCAAAUGGAUCUAUAUUUAUGUGGGGAGAACAGAAGCUAGGUCAAACGUCCGUUCCUUUCGAAAACAUCUACUUUGAUAGCUUUAACAAGUCGGAAUUUUCAGACAGUGACUCAAAUAAUAACUAUAAGAAAAAAAAAAAUGAAAAAAAGGAAAAUGACAAAAAUAAAAUGUCAGAACUUUUGUCUUCUUCCGUAUCCUCAUCGACCACGGAAAGUUACUACUUUAAUAUGAUAGACAAGAAGAAAAUAGAAAAUAUAAAAAAUAAGUUUAACAAGGGUAAACUUUCGUUUUGCAAAAAAAAAUUCAGUUUUAACGUUGAAAAUCCCAUUCAAAAUAGUUUUAACAUCACAAAUAAUGAGAUACUGCUCAACGACAGAAAAUUGAAAAUACACUCCAAUUUAAACUCCAUGAAUAAUAUAAAAAGGAAAAAAAUUAACAACAAUUUAGUUCUCGUUCCAAUUCAAGUCUGCAUAUUUAAUUUAUCAUAUAGAGUUAAAAAAAAUGAAAAUAAUGCGAAUAAUAAAAUAACCAGUAUCGAAUCGAUCGAGGCUAAGGACAAGUGCAGUGUACAAAAUUUAAUAAACCUACAUUGCAAUUUACAUGACCUGGAAAAUGAUGAUGGCAAUGAUAAUAACAGAAACGUUAAUAAGAGCUCGCAAAAAAAAGCAGAACCACAAAACGGCAAUAUAAAAAGAAAAAACAGCUAUAUUAGGAUAUUUGAUUAUCUGGAAACUUUUAUAAAAGCAGAAGUAGUAAACAUCUACAUGAGCCUUUUUAGAAAUGAUAUAAAUAUCUACACCAAUAUCCCGAAUAAUAUUAACAUAAAUCCUUAUAUUUAUGGAAUGAAGUUUUAUGAUUACAACUUUUACGAUGAAAAGUAUAUGAAUGUGCAGGACUACUAUAGUGAAACGCAUAACAGAAAAGAGUGUACACAUAACAGUAAUAAAAAAUUGAACGUUUCGAAUGAAAAUGAUUGCAAACAUGAGUAUGAUGAUUUACAUAAAAAAGGAAAUGAUGAAAAGGGCACUGAUAAAAAGGAUUAUGACAAUUCGCUAAAUUCACAAAAAAAAAUUGACAUUCUUAAUGUUGAUGAUCCAAAUAAAUUUGUAAAACUAAUGAAAGAAAACGAAACUAUUAAUCCACAGAUUUACGAAUAUAUCGAGAAAGAAGAAACUGUAUGUAUUAAUAUUAAACUAAUUAUCUUCUUAUUUUUAUUUGUAAAAAAAAAGUACAUGACGAUUUUCUUGAACAAUAUUUUAAUGGUAUCCAAUGUGUCAUGUGGGGAGGCAAAUACUGUAAUAACGUGCUUUAAAAAAAGCAUAUAUGAUAAAUAUUACCAAUAUAUAAUGAAAAACAUUACUUGCUCAGACAAUUACAAGCAUAUGGAAAGCGAGAAAAUGAAGUCAAAAAUGAGUUCGAACUUUCCUGAAUGCUAUUUCAGCUCAGCAAGUGAAUUAAGCGAUUUCAUAUAUAGGAAUGACAUAUAUGACAUUAAAAAUUACACCAGCACAAUUGUAAAUUGGGGAGAUAAAUCAUUUGAUGAAUUUAAACUCAUGAAUUCAACCUAUUCGUGUUCCGACACAUCACGUUUAUAUCGUAUGAUAGAAGAAAUACUGGCACACUAUAUGUGCAUCUAUGUAUGUGGCAGGGAUACAAACAAUAACUUAUGCGUAAAUAACAUUAACCAAAGUGUGUACACCUUUACCCGAAUCACUAAUAACUUUUUUUACUACAAUUUUAAUAAUUUUUUAUUUCUGUACAAGUACAAUUAUUACCUAUAUUACAUACACAAAAAUAACGUUCAUAUAAAUCAUAAUAACGACACAACGCAUAUACAGAAUAAUCCCCUUACGACUUUUAAAAAUAGAUUUAAUACAUUUGCAAAUAAGGAAAAUAAUACAAAUAUAACAAAUUCGAAAGCUCAAGGUAUUUCUCCAAAUCAGUUUAUAAUAAUAAAAAAAAUUGUCUGUAGCAACAUUGUAACCUGUGUGCUUGACAUACAGAAUAACGUAUACAUGGCAGGGGACCUGAAGUACUAUUUUCCUAAUUAUUUUCAACACAUGGCCUAUGGAUCAUCACCUUUUAUUAAAAUUAAUUUGAAUAAUACAAAGACCAUAAAGAACAUAUCAAUUAAUGAAAAUAAUAUAUUUCUGAUUUAUGAUGACAAUUCUAUAAAAAUGUUAGGUUAUAAUGAUUACAUUGAUUUUUUCAAAUAUAACCACCCUGUAUUUUUUACUAAUAAGCAUAACCAGAAGCACCCUUACAAUAUGCUUACAAUACCAAAUUCCGAUUUUUUAGUAAAACAAGUAAGUGUUUGCGAUCUUUAA